CUUCUCAACUCCCGAUCUAUGUCUUCGUGCUCAGUUGGUCUCUUCGAUUUCAAACUGAGCUGUGCUCUCAUUCCAGAAGCAUUAAUGGAGGAGAAAAGGUCCCAACUUCCGAUCGCAAGAGUAAAACUGGGAACCCAGGGAUUGGAGGUUUCUAGUCUGGGCUUUGGCUGUGUGGGACUCUCUGGACUAUACAAUGCUCCUCUCUCCCAUGAGGCUGGAUGUUCAGUAAUCAUUGAUGCUUUUCAUAAGGGAAUCACAUUUUUUGAUACAUCAGACUUGUAUGGAGCUAAGCAUGACAAUGAGAUCAUGGUGGGGAAGGCCUUGAAACAGCUUCCCCGAGAAAAUGUUCAAUUAGCAACCAAGUUUGGAGUAAGAAUGCAAGAAGAUGGUGAAAAAGCAGUUAAUGGUUCACCUGAAUAUGUACGGAAAUGCUGUGAAGCUAGCCUUAAGCGCCUUGAUUUGGACUAUGUUGAUCUAUACUAUCAGCACCGAGUUGAUACAACAAUUCCUAUAGAAGACACUAUGGGGGAGCUUAAGAUGCUAGUGGAAGAGGGAAAGAUUAAGUACAUUGGGUUAUGUGAAGCUAGUCCUGACACAAUAAGGAGAGCCCAUGCAGUUCACCCUAUCACUGCUUUGCAGAUGGAGUAUUCCCUGUGGUCUCGUGAUAUUGAAGAAGAGAUAAUUCCACUUUGCCGAGAGCUUGGUAUUGGGAUAAUAGCAUAUAGCCCUCUUGGUCGUGGUUUCUUUGGUGGAAAGGCAGUUGUGGAAAGCCUACCUACAGAUAGCAUAUUGGUUCACCAUCCAAGAUUCACAGGAGAUAACUUAGAGAAGAACAAACUUCUCUAUACUUGUAUUGCGAAUUUGGCAACAAAGUAUGGUUGCACCCUUCCUCAACUUGCACUUGCUUGGGUUCUUCAUCAAGGGAAUGAUGUGGUUCCAAUCCCAGGAACAACUAAGAUCAAGCACUUGGAUGAUAACAUUGGCUCUUUGGCUUUGAAGCUUACACAAGAAGAUUUGAAAGAAAUUUCUGAUGCAGUGCCAAUUAAUGAGGUGAGCGGUCAUAGAGGUUAUGGUGUUGUCUCCAUGUUUUUCGAUUGGAAGUCUGCGAAUACUCCAGCAAAAAUUAAUUGGGAAGAGGGAAAGAUUAAGUAUAUUGGCUUAUCUGAAGCAAGUCCAGAUACAAUAAGAAGGGCACACGCGGUUCAUCCAAUCACAGCAGUACAAAUGGAAUGGUCUUUGUGGACUCGCGAUAUCGAAGAAGAGAUAGUCCCACUUUGCAGGGAACUUGGCAUUGCAAUAGUAGCGUACAGCCCUCUUGGUCGUGGUUGUUUUGGUGGCAAAGCUGUUACAGAAAGCAUUCCUGCAAAUAGUUUCUUGAUUAGACAUCCAAGGUUCACUGGUGAGAAUUUAGAGAAGAACAAAGUGCUAUACAAGCGAGUUACUAACUUGGCUGCUAAGCAUGGCUGCACUCCAGCUCAACUAGCUUUGUCUUGGGUUCUCCAUCAAGGGGAUGAUGUGGUUCCAAUCCCAGGGACAACCAAGCUUAACAAUCUAGAUGAAAAUAUUGGCUCCUUGGCAGUGAAGCUGAAGGCAGAGGAUGUCAAAGAGAUUUCUGAUGCUGUGUCUAUUGAUGAAGUAUCAGGUGCUAGAAUCUUUGACAAGAUAUACUUGCACUCAUGGAAGUUUGCAAUUACACCUGCUAAAAAUAGCAACCUCCUGGCAUAGGAUGUGAUUGGCGCCAAUCACAACUAUCCUUGGCCUUAUUAAGAGAUUUUAAAUCCUUGAUUAUAUAUGUUCUACAUAUAAUUUAUUGCCACUUGAGUAGCACACUUUUUUAUCGCACCAUCAACCAUGUAAAACAGGCACAAUAUAGAAGAAUUUUAUCAACUUUGAUGAGAUACAUGUUCCAAAAAGACUGUUUGA